GGCCACUGAGAGAGAAAGAAAGAGAGAAGUUCCACUUCCGGGCCACUGAGAGAGAGAGAGAGAGAUGGAGAGAGGAGGAACCAAUUGUAAUAAUAAUAGUGGUGUUACUUAUAGUGGUCUGAUGAUGGGGUUUGGGAACAACACUAGUAGAACUGGUAGUAGUAAGGCACAGUUUCUUUCUCUACCUUUGAUGGUGGGUUGCAGCCAUCCAAACUUGCAAAGUGAUCAUCAGACGACUGAUCAGGAGAUGAUGGUUAGUUGCAGCGAUAGCAUGAAAGCCAAGAUUAUGGCUCAUCCUCUCUUCCCUCGUCUCUUGGCCUCCUAUGUCAGUUGCCAAAAGGUUGGGGCACCUCCUGAAGUGGUGGCUAGGUUAGAGCAGGCCUGCAGUACUGCUGCUCACAAUUCUGAGGCAGCAUGUUUAGGAGGAGGAGAUCCAGACCCAGCGCUGGACCAGUUCAUGGAGGCCUACUGCGAGAUGCUGACUAAGUACGAGGAAGAGCUCACAAAACCCUUCAAAGAAGCCAUGCUUUUCCUCUCCAAAAUCGACUCCCAGCUCCGAGCUCUCACAGUUCAUUCUUCCUCAGAUUCUGCUAGCAGUGGUGAUAAUAUUGUUGGGAGAAGUGGGUCUCCAGAAGAGGUUGAUGCCACCAUGAAUGGGAGUUGCAUAGACCCUCGAGCUGAAGAUAGGGAAAUCAAAGCUAAGCUUUUGCGCAAAUACACUGGAUAUCUGGGCAGCCUCAAGCAGGAGUUUAUGAAGAAGAAAAAGAAUGGAAAGUUGCCGAAGGAAGCCCGGCAUCAGUUGCUUGACUGGUGGAGUAGACACUACAAAUGGCCCUAUCCAUCGGAAGCUCAGAAGCUAGCACUGGCAGAGUCUACAUGUCUGGAUCUGAAGCAGAUAAAUAACUGGUUCAUCAAUCAGAGGAAACGCCAUUGGAAGCCCUCGGAGGAUAUUCAAUUUGCAGUGAUGGAUCCAACUCAUCCUCAUCAUCAUCCCCACUUCUACAUGGACAACAAUCUCACCUUCCCCAUGAACAGCACAUCGACUCCCCUUUGAUAUUAUCACUGGGCUUAGAUGCAUGUGGGCACAGUCUUCUAAUGUGGUCCUACCCCUAGCUUCUCCAAAGUGCUUUUAGCAGAAGCAUGUGGUUUUGAUAUAUUCUCAGCACCUUGAUUUCUUUACCAACAUUUAGAAUUUCAGCUUGGCCAAGCAUGGUUUUGGUCCAGUGGUAUGCAAGCAUUUGCACAAGGGGAACAAAGCACGCACAAAUGGUUUUGUCUUCUUUUUCUACAUCACACGUGAUA